AUGAACCAACACCUCGCUAAAACAAGAAUAUAGAUCGAUCUCACUCAACACUCACCAUCCUCUUUCUCUCUCCUCAACACAACCAUGGUGGCCACCAAAUACCUAGCCACAGCCGCCGGAACCCUCCGAUCCAGGCUAACCCAAACCCUCCGAACCCGCGGCGGCGGAGGGCUCGACCGAUGGACCAGCCCAGGUCACCAAGACCGACCCAACGGCUACCUCUUCAACCGCCCUCCUCCACCACCUGGUCAAUCUCGCAAAUGGGAAGAUUGGGAAUUGCCCUGCUACGUCACCAGUUUCCUCACCAUCGUCAUCCUUGGUGUUGGGCUCAGUGCUAAGCCCGAUCUUACCCUCGAGACUUGGGCCCAUCAGAAAGCCCUUGAACGUCUUCAGGCCCAACAAGUUUCUGAUUCUUCUGAGUAAUUUACGCCCCUUUUGUUUUCAAUUUCGUUUCAUCGUUGGAUAAUGUUUAGGGUUUCUUUUUUUUGGUUUGAAUUUUGAUGAUGUUGAUAUAUAACGGGGUUGUAGUUGAUGAAGAAAAAUAAGGGUUUUUGAACAAUUGACCCUUUUAUUAAUUUUGGAGUUUAUCCAAAGUAUAUUUGGUUAUAUGAUUUGCUUUCUUCUA